AAUGCUUAAUUUUGAAUUUUUAUAUAUUAAUAUCUAUAGUUAAAGAAAUUUAUAUCGAAUUUAUUUCAAAUUAAGUCAACAUAUUUAAUUUAAUAAAUGAUAAUUACAUUAUGACAAAGUUUGGUUAAGAUACAUAACAAUAUUCAUUCCAAACUGGUGACAAUUUUUAAUUGAUAGAGUACACACGUUUAUUUAUAAAUAUUUACAUUUAAAUAUUAAUUAUAUUGGUAUUAUAUAUAAAAUGAAUAUUAUCUGUGUAAUAUGUAGUGAUUUAUUAGUACCUUCUGAUGAUGUUUUUUAUACACCGUGUGGACAUAUUUUUCAUUUUGCUUGUGUAACUCAAUGGUUAGAAAGAUCCAAAACUUGUCCACAUUGUAGAGAAAGGACUACACUUAAUAAGAUUCAUAGAAUAUAUUUUAAUUUUGCCAAUAGUGAUGCUAUUAGUGAAGAUACGUAUUCUUUACAAGAUAAAAUUGAUAAAUUAAAUUUUCAACUUAUGUUAAAAGAGAAAGAUGUUAAACAUUAUACAGAAAAGAUUGAAACAUUAGAAAAACAAAAAAAAGGAUUAAAACAAGAAGUAGGAAAAACAGAAAAAGAAAUAAAAGAGAAAACCAGCACUAUUUAUGCUCUCAAAGAACAAAUUAAAUAUUUUAAAGAGCAAAAUUUAGAAAUAGAAAAAAUAAAAAAAGAAAUGGAUCAGUUACAAAAAAAUGUUGAAAAUUAUAAAAAUAUAAAAAUCUUACUUGAAGCUUCAAUAGAAGAUGUAGAUGAGAUGAUAUCAAGAACAAAUGAUCCUAGUACAUUGAUUACAUAUAUAUCUGUGAUGAAAAGACAAAUGACAAUUAGUUUAAAUAAAAGAAGAGAAUUAAGGAGUAAUCUAAGAAGUUUACAACAAGAACUUACUAAAGUCUCAAUGGAACGAAAUUCCUUAUCUCAGGAACAUAGCAAGAGAAUGAAACUCGAAGAAGAUAUAAUGAUUUGUGAAACUGAAAAAAUUUGUUUACAAAAUAAGCUUGCUAAAAUGGAAGAAGAAAUAUCUUUAAUGAAAAAAUCAAUAAAUUCUAAUUCAAAAACAGAAGAUAUAUUAAUUAAUAAUUCAAAUAAUGAUAUUAAACAAGAUAAAAUUGAAGAUAUAAAUAAUAAAACAAAAAGUAAAGAAAAAGAUGUAAAUUCAAAAGAGGAAAAUCAGUCUAUUACAAAAAUUGAAAUAGAUUCCCCAUAUCUUCCAGUAAAAUCAAGAGGAGUAUUUACUUUAAAACAGCAUACAUUUCAGAAAAAUAGUACAAUAAAAUUAAAUUCUUCAAUUCUUACAAAAAAACCAAGAAUUCAAGAAACAUACACUAAAAAUGAAAAUAUAGAAAUUAAUAAUAUUGUGUAUAAUGGUUUGGGAGGACAUUCAAAAAUUGAACAAUUUCCUCAUCCUUCUAGAAGCAAAACAAAGAAAAUAAUAGAUACUGGAAACUUCAUGUAUAGACUAUGA